UUAACUUAGAACAAUUCACAUUAAUUAAGCAAACAGUAGCUAGAAGCCUCUGCCGAAUUUGCUCUAGACAAGUUUGGUGAUUGACGAUGUCGGGCUUGAAGCUUGGCACGACUGCUUCCAUCUACGUUCGAACAGCGAAAACCAAAAGCAAACCCCUCUUAUCAUGGAGAAGCCCACCCCAACACCCCCGCAGCCGCAGGUACAUGCUUUCCCCUUCCAAAAAUCAAAUCCUAGGGUUCACACCUAGAAACAAAUUCCCAUGCUAUUCUUUGGGAAGGGCUGGUCUUGUCACAGAUUUUGGUUCGUCAGUGCCCCAACCUCAACCUCAGCCUAAGCCAGAGCCAGAACCAGAACCUGAACCUUCCAAAUUGCUUACGUUGCCAACAAUUUUGACUCUAGGCCGUGUCGCCGCUGUCCCACUUCUUGUUGCUACUUUCUACAUGGACGGUUGGCGUGGAACUGCUGCUACUACCAGCAUUUUCGUCGCUGCAUCAAUCACUGAUUGGCUUGAUGGCUAUCUUGCUCGCAAGAUGAAGUUAAAAUCUUCAUUCGGUGCAUUCUUAGAUCCAGUUGCUGACAAGCUUAUGGUUGCUGCUACACUGGUCUUAUUAUGUACUAGACCUUUGGAUGGUGGUGUGUUUGGACAAGCACCGUGGCUACUCACUAUACCUGCAAUUGCCAUAAUUGGUAGAGAGAUAACCAUGUCUGCAGUCAGGGAGUGGGCUGCUUCCCAGGAUAGCAAGCUUUUAGAGGCUGUUGCUGUAAAUAACUUGGGGAAGUGGAAAACAGCCACACAGAUGACAGCAUUAACCAUCCUUCUUGCGACCCGGGACUGGAGCCAUGGAGGAGGAGCUGCCAUUGUAGUAGGCUCUGGUGUUGCUUUGCUUUAUACUUCAGCAGGGCUUGCCUUAUGGUCGUUGGUUGUAUAUAUGAAGAAAAUAUGGAGGGUGUUGUUGAGGUAGCUUGCGAACAUUUACCAAUGUCACGAAAGGGGGCUGCAAUUUUAGUGGCAUGCAAAUGUUUUUUUUUUUCCUGCGCAAUCUCUAACCCCAUGCAGUGUCAUUUCUCCUACUCGUGUAUUUUCUGCGCAUUUUUUUGGUCCUCUAAAAAAGAUAAGGGCCACUAGCCAUGCUUAAGCGUUACAGCAGUGAUUGUGUUGGGAAAACGUUGUGUUGUAAGUUGUAACCCACGUUUUCCCCAAAUCCAUGAAGGCACUUGCUUCUCCGUUUGAUGCUUUGGAAAGUGUGAACACACGCAUUUUGUUUUAGGCCCUAACUCAAUUUAGAGUCAUUGAAAGUUUGAGAAUUGCGACCAGAGAAAAUUCACAACAGGUCAGGAAUUAUUGUAUAAUGGUUGAUUUGUUCUGAUAUAGAUCAACGAUGCAUAAACACAACAGUCGAAUUUCAAAAUUAACGCACGGUUAAUUUGCUUUGAUUUUCAUGUGCUCUUACAUCUACGUUGUGAGCAUACAAUAAGGCCAUUGUCAUUUGCACA